AUGGCUAACAGAGAAUAUGAUUAUUUGUUUAAAUUAGUUAUAAUAGGGAACAGUGGAGUUGGAAAGUCUGCUCUUUUAUUAAGAUUUGCUGAUGACACUUUUAGUGAAAAUUACAUAACAACAAUAGGAGUUGAUUUUAGAUUCAAAACAUUAAAAGUUGAUAAUAAAGGCUUAAAGUUAUAAAUUUGGGAUACUGCUGGAUAGGAAAGAUUCAGGACAAUUACUAAUGCCUAUUAUAAAGGGGCUGAUGCAAUUGUUAUUGUCUAUGACACAACAUGUUAGCAAUCCUUUGAUGAUAUUGAAAAGUUCUGGUUGAAUGAGAUAGAGAGUUAUGCUGAGAAGAAUGCUGAACUCUUAUUGUUGGGAAACAAAUCAGAUCUUAGUACAAAAUAAGUUUAAAGUGAGAGAGUGCAAGAGUAUGCUUAGAAAAGAAAUAUGAUGUUCUUUGAAACCAGUGCUAAGACUGCUGAUGGAGUUGAAGAAGCCUUCAAGAAAAUCGCAAUUAAAUUAAUGGCGAAAAGAAAUUAAUAGGUCUAGGAUAAGAGGAAUAAAAGAAAAUAAUAAAAAUAAUCAUCAUCAUCUUCAUUGAGAACAGAUGAUAGUCAACAAUAUGGUGAUGGGAAAUAGGAUGAUGAAAAAAGUAAUGUCAAUUUAUGGGCAAAUAAUAGCACAGAAUAGGCAAAAUAAGGUUAACAAUGCUAAUGUUGA